AUGGGUCCAGAAGGAUCCAUCUCAACAACGACAUCAAUACACGGCACAUCAACAAUUCACGUUUCAUUUUCUGAAAAAGAUGUGCUCAAAGUGAUUCUCGAGUUCCUUGAAUUACGUGGAUUUCACAUAGCACAGCUAGCCCUCGAACGAGAGACUGGAGUGAUCAAUGGGCAAUAUUCGGCAGAUCUUUUAUUUUUGAGGCAGUUGAUCAUUGACGGACAAUGGGAUAACGCGUUGGAUUUCGUUGAGCCAUUGAAGAGUUGUGACGAUUUUGACUUUCAGGCUUUUAGAUACAAUAUCACAAAGUACAAAUUCUUCGAGCUCCUUUGUAUAAAACUUGAGCCCGGCCCGAUGCACGACAACGACUUUGCCGUUGAGGAAUUGGUUGAAUGUCUUUCCGAUCUUGAACACGUUUGUCCAAGUCCUGAAGAUUACCGACAUCUUUGUGCAAUGUUAACACUUCCACGUUUAUCCGAUCAUCACGAUUUUCGACAUUGGAAUCCGAGUGCAGCAAGGAUUGAAUGUUUUCAUAAAGUAGAGAAAUUGGUUGCCCGUUUAUUGCCACCAACCCUCAAAGAAACUCCACCACAAAUAGCAUCAAUGCACGAUCGAUUGAUAUCUCUUGUUGCUAAGGGUAUUUUUUAUGAGGGCUGUGUCGAUUAUUGCCAAGGACAAGCUGUUGGUGAAAUCAAAGAUCUUGAAACGGGUCCUCGUUUUGGUUCACUUCUUUCAAAUCGUGCACGCUUAUCUGGUGUUGAUUUAUCAUUAGUUUCAUGGUUAGAAAUGGUUUCAAGAGAGCAAUUCGCUAUGCCAUUUCAGCAAAAAGCUCUCGAUAUUCGACUCGAUGCAAUCAAGAAACCGAAAUUGGAAGCCCAAUGGGCUGAACAAAUUCUGGCCACUCCGAUAAAACCUGGAGGUGCUUUUCCCCACGCAGCCGUUCCCAAAUCAAAGCUGAAAUUUGCGGAGAAAAUGAGCCAAAGUAUCGCAGGAAUGCCGAUGGGAACAAGUUUUGCGACAAGCACCUAUCCAACGACGAAACAUCCGAUGUCCCAAUCGACCGCACCCGGCUUCACACUGAAUUCGAAAGGGGAAACGAACGGGGAUGCAAUGGUCCAAUCACAAAUUAUUGACGCGAUGUUGGAGACAAGUGAAUUGGCCAAGACUAGUCGACCUGGAUCGGGAAUAUCGGGCACAAGUCGGGGGAACACACCAUCAAUGAUGAUGACAGGUUCCGUGGCUCCUCAAGUAUUUGUCCCUGCAAUGGCUCAAUCAAUGUCCUCAUCUUCAUUUGACUUUACUCAUACAAGAAGACAACUCGAUGAAAUGACUCGAAGAUCGAUCCCCCCUUCAACGUCCGCUCGUCAAUCAUCACUGCCACCUGUUCCCGAACUUUCACCCCAUUCUGAUGAUUCAUCGGCAAUGACACAAAGUCGCCUCUACCAGGAAUUUGCCAACAAACAAAGACCUUUGCCGGAGCCUCAAGUGAAUCUCCGACCACCGGGUGCACACCCACUUCAGAAUUCAGUGAUUUCACCCCAACACGCUCCCAUGCAACCACCGAUUGGUUAUCCAAAUCCACAAAUGUUACCCGGUUAUUCGAUUAAUCCGCCGAUUCCCUAUAACGACUAUAUCUCAAUGUCCAGACCCGGAUUUACACAACAGAAUGGACAGAUGAUCAAUCCAAUGUUACCCAAUCAAGGUCCUAUUUCUAUAAAUCCAUCAACCUCAACGAGACCUCAAUCAAUGCUCGUUAAUCCACCCUACCCACCAUUGCAAAACACACAAAUGCGUCCUCAUUCAAUCGCUUCAAGCAGUGGAAUGAGCAUUCAAUUUGUGCCUGUUUGUAGAUAUGAGGAUGCUCAAGCAAUUCGUGCUUCAUCUUUUCAUCCAUCUGGUCGAGUGUUUGCUGUGGGAACAAAUUCAAAGCAAAUGCUCAUUUGUGCGUAUCCUGACGUGAAAAGACAAAGACUGAGUACCUCAAGGCUCAGGGGCACUGAGAUCAUCCCUAAACCAGAUGUCCUUUUAUCAAGACCAAAACAACAUCGAGGAUCGAUUUAUUGUUUGGGGUUCAGCCCGAGUGGAGAGCUCAUUGCCACUGGCUCAAAUGACAAAUCAAUACGUUUAAUGGCGUUCAAUGUGGAGAAUAACAAGAUUGGGGCCGAAAUGGAAAUGAAUUGUCAUGAUGGUACAGUAAGAGAUUUGAUCUUUCUUGAGGAUUCCACCAAUCGAACGGCCCUUCUCAUUUCUGGUGGUGCUGGUGAUUGCCAUUUACGGGUUAACGAUUGUCACACGGGUCAAGUUGUACAGAGCUAUUCUGGGCAUACAGCACCAAUUCUUGGGCUCUAUUCCUGGGGUGACGGACCACAAUUUGUCUCCUGUUCACAGGACAAAACGAUUCGUUUUCUGGGACCGCUAAAAUCGCAAAUUCCCCAAUGCAUCGGUUGCAUUGUACGAUAUAAAUGGCCGGCGUGUUCUUCAAACAUUUCUAAUGCUGCAUAUUAUCUUCUUUCAGCGAGUUAUGAUAAAAGGGUUGUGAUCACGGAUAUGCGCGGUGAUUUAAUGUCUCCAUUGAUGUAUCUUCCCGUCGCUGAACAUUCCGAUAAAGUCAUUCAAUGCAGGUGGCACCCUCACGAGUUCUCAUUUCUUUCAACUUCCGCUGAUCGAAGUGUCGUUCUUUGGGCUCUACCACCACCAAAUUCU